CUGAAUGUGCAGCUUCUCCAUCCCCCAGUAGGCGGAGACAUUUCUCAAUAAAUGGGCGUGCAUUGACUGCCAAUCUAAUACGUCUGGGUGGCCCAUUCACUGUCUAUUGUAUUUUUUUUUUCUUUGGCUCCUGAUAUAAUGUCUUUUUUACUGCUGGUGUUCCCGAUGCUGAUGACAUUUGCGUGUGCCCAGCUGCAGGUGACUACUUCUCCUAUACCUGUUGUGACCCAAAUUGGCUCCAAUGUCGUCUUGCACUGUAAUUUUACUUUGGGAGUGCCUCCUGUGGACCCAGCACAAGUGCACGUGGUGUGGAAGAAUGAGGGAAAGAAAGUUUUGACCUAUGUGGGACAAGUCACAGCAUUCAGACCUGGGGCGCAGCUUUCUGAGGAGCUCCUGGCACAGGGAGAUGCUUCACUCACUCUACCGAACGUCAGCAAUUUGGACGGGGGCAGAUAUUCCUGCAGUAUCCGUUUGGCCUCAGAACAAGAGACACAAAGCAUCACUUUGAUUGUUAAGGACCACCGCCAGAUAUGGGUGGAAGGAACAACAGUUAUUGUAAACAAGUCUAACGAGUUGCACUGCUGGGCAAGCAACCUCUCAUCUACAAAUGUGACGUUCGAAUGGAUGAGAAAUGGCCAUGUUCUUAGUACAUCUGCACCUCAUGUUCUGGAAAAUGUUCCGGGAAAUGUCAGCGGACAGGAAGUAACAGUCAAAAGUUCAUUUUGCUUCACACCCACUGUGAAAGAUGAAGACGCACAGUAUUCUUGCCAGGUUCUACAGAAAAAUUCUCCAUAUCCUCUGAAAAAAUCAUUCCACCUUAAAUUUGGAGUUCGGCCCGACAUCGUCAUGUUCCUGGCUGGAAAAGGACAAAAGAAUUCCUCCCUUGUUUGUUUGGUAUCUGGAUUCUAUCCUGAGGAUCUGAACUUGACCAUGAGAAGAGAUGGACAUCCCCUGUCAGAAACCUCGAAGAAAUGGUUGAACCCAAAUGGCACUUUCUCAUUGAUCGCUGUGUACCUGGUUGAUGUGACACCCAGUGAUGAUAACAUAGAUUACACUUGCACUGUCCACCACUCCACUCUGCCGGAAGAGGCCACAGAGCGAUUACGGUUCUUAGUUGAUCCGUACGUACCCAAAAUAUUUUGGAUGAUAGUGGCUACAGUUCUCAUCUUGUCGGUUGGAAUCCCCUCCAUGUGCAAGCAUGUGACUGAUAUAACUGUGUGCAAGGACUGGACGGAUGGCUGUACAGCUGUGCUAAAAUGUACUAUCUCUGGACGGUACCCUAAAGCCAUAACUGCGGUGUGGAUUGUCAGGCGAGGAGACAAAGAGCUUGAGAUAAAGGAAAGAGGCUCCUUCCAACCUCUUGGGGAUUACAGAGAGUUACAGGAACAAGAUUCUUACACUUGCUGGAACAGCAUAAAGAGCAUGUCAGUUUGCGGAUUGCGUCAUUCCCUAUCCUCUGUCCUCUGCUUCCAGGUGCGCAAAGAGCAGCAUGAUCAAGCUGAGUUUAUCUGCCGCUUCAUGAAGGCAGACAAGAUCUUGGAUGAGAAAAAUUUCUUCGGAAGUGUCCUAGAUAAUUAUGGGUUUUUCUCAGUGUCAGAUAUCUGCAUUCCAGAGAUAUGCAAUGAAGGGGAAAAAGUGACCCUGAGUUGCGUCAUGCGUGGAAAUGUCCCACGGGAGAUCAGAGUGACAUGGGAGAGAUUCGUGGAUGAGGAACGGACGCUCAUUGCAAAAGACUAUGAUCCCAACUAUCAAGUCACUGAGAAUAAAUCAGGAGGACAGAUCUGCUCGUUCCUCACAUUCUGCAUCUGUAGUGCAGAUUCUGGGGCCAUUUUUACCUGCUCCUUCACGGAGAACGAAGGUCGUAUACUUGCUGAGCGUGUCUCCAAGCCUCUAAAAGUUGCAGAACCAAUCAAGAAUAGCUGGUCACGGACAUACCAAGACUGGGGAUUCCGUGCGUUUGAUGAGCCUGGCACCACAGAGAUAUGACACUACACUCUUACUCUACAUCUAUGGGUUCAUCUGAUUUAUAACUGGACCAAACUACCUUCCCAAAUACUUUUUGUCUCUACUUCCUCUGCUGAAUCUGUCUGCAGAUUCUACAGGGACCCCAACGGAAAGACCCAACUUGAUUGGCGUUUCGGAGAUGCCAAUGAAUAUUGCUUUCAAUGUAGAUGGAAAUUGAACUGUGUUUUACGAUAAACCCACAAAGAUCUUAAUUCAAGCACCGUGUUUGUAUGGCAUGAUUAUGUAGUAACACUCAACAUUCCUCAUUGUGUCACAAACUCGACGUGUGUAUAUAAACAAUGUAUCGUCCACAGUGGGUAUGCUCCAUUUACCCUUUUAAACUAGACCUGUCUGUCACCUAACAAAAACUUUACAAUAUUCUGAGAGAGCAAAACAAUUGUUUGUAUGUUGUAUUGGGUCAUUUUAAAAUUGUUCAACCGCUUAUUGUCCUAAUAAAUGGCUUACUUCAAGAGUCACGCUAUUGGCACCUAUGCCAAAUUUUGAAUUGGCCUAUUGUGAGCGGUAAAAAAACAAAAAGAUAGUUUAAAAAAAUAUGCAACGAGAUCUGGUGCAUGAUGUGUGAUACAGGAAAUAUGGUGGAAUUGGAAACGUGAUAAGAAGAUGAGUAAGUGAAUGUUUCAUUUAAAAUGAUCUAAUCUAAAAUGUUAACCCAACAUUUGACUUUGUCAUAUCUUCCUUGUGGACCCAGUGGGACAGUCCUAAAACUUGUAUUGUGCUUUCUGGGGGUUUCUGUGAUGUCCCUCAUUCCUAUGAAUAUCACCAACAAAGAAGGUUGGGAAGUAUCACCCAGGGAAUAAUGUAAAGUUUGUUGGAUGACAGAACUGCAUUAAAUCUCAGAGGGACGAAUUGCAAAAUCUUAAACAGAAGUUAAAUUGGACAGGUAGAGGAAUGUCUAAAACAAGAAAGGGCAAAAGGAAGACAGCCAGCUUCUCCAGGACUCCAACUCCCAUAAUGUUUUGUCAGCCAUCUGACCCUCCAAACAUAAUGAGAUUUGUAGUUUUGCAUCAGCUGGGAAUCGUUUGGCACACCCCCGGUCUAAAAAAUCAGUCACAAAAGACAGUUUGUGCUUGUAUGAGAGGAAGGUGGGUUAUUAUUGUGAUGCUCGAUACUCUACAGUGCAGUGCAAGUUAUAUAUUAAUUCUUAAUUAACCUAUAUAUAUGAAAUAAUAUAUUACAAUACAGUAUAUAAUGCUAGAUGGGAAGACACAAGGAUUUUCCAAGGUUCAGACCAUAAGAAAAUUGUUGAGUUAACUUCUUUUUUUUGCUUCUUGGAACACGCAAUGAAAACAUAAAACAUCACGUUCUACGAUACUUAAUGUUUUUACUGUAACUGUUAUUUCACUAUCCUGUGAAUAUGUAAGAUGGGGAACAAACUGAUUUUUAAAUGUUUUUUAAAACUACUACCGACAGUGUUUUACUUGAAAUGCUUAAGACAUUGCUCACUGGAAACAACCAAAAUAUUACACGUUACUCUUUGUCCUGUUCACUAAACCCCAAGUUUUAUUUACCAUGGGACACAGGACUUUGGCCAUCUCACCCAUUAUUAACGAUACAGAGCUCGCAGAACACACCAAUGAAAGCCCAUUUGAAAUAUCUUCUUUUGACUUUUUUUUUUUGUCCUGGGACCACGCGUUUCUCCACUGUCCGUUUUUGAAUUAUUUGAUAUCUGUAAUUAUUUUUAAAGAAAGAAACUGGGCUCCUAAAUUAGCUAUAUUUGGCACUAACAACUCUGCAAACUCACUUGUGCUUCCACAACAACUUUGCCAGAAUGUCUGCUGCGGAUUAGACAAAGUUCACUUGAAACCUGCAACUCAUCAUAGAUUUGAGUAAAGUAUUAUAAGUAAGACUUAAGCUAAAGGUCACGAGUUCUAUCAAUAUGUGUACCUCUCACAAACGGCAAAUAAACCCUUUUAGUGUAAACACAAAGGGGAAUCAAUGCUUAGAAAUGGUUCACAAACUAUUUUAAAACCUAAGCUAGGAUUAUAGCGGAGUUGAAGAAUUCGCCUAAAUGUUUUGUUUUUAAUUAUUUGUAUUAAUAAAUAAUAAUAGUUGGUUUUGAUCAUUGAUUUGCAAUUCAUGCCAGGUCAUUUAGGAGAUUCUUGGUGGAUGAGA